AUGCUUUCAAUGAAGUUUUUUAUUUUCUCUCUGAUGUGGAUAGUUCUAUACUGUGAACGGGCAAAGGACGGUUCCCUUUUGACGAACUACAACAAAUCACCCCAGGAAUUGAACCGUCGUAUUUUGAGAUUAGAAACUCCGGAACCAUGGGGAGAUUCCCAAACGUACGAAAUUACGACCACAGAUAAGUUUGGCAAUUUGAUUACGACCGUCUUUAACAAGAAUGCAGAGGCAUUGUAUUUUUACAUAAAUAGAAGGGCAUCAAAGGGGGGUGGAUCAAGUAGGGGACGAAACUCCAAGUUGAGAAAAAGAAAGAGAUAG